UGAGGGAUUGGAUUUGGUGGCGGUUAGACAAAAAUAUCAAUCAAAUUGUAAACGCAGAGAAUCAAUUUUGCAUUUGCGCAUUAUUUCAUUCGAUUCGAAAACAGCAUUAUUCAUUAUUCGGCAUCCAUAAAUGCUAAAUCCCCAAUUCAAUUUGUUGAUUACCAGAUUUCUGUUAAAUCAUUGAUUACUUCGCCCACUAGUUUGAUUCCUAACCUUCUCCGCUCGCUAAUUUCUCGUCAGAUCCGCCCAGAUUUAAAAACAAACAUCAAUCCAGCCCCAUACUCGCGCAAUUUUGCAGCUUAGAGAAUGGGUAAGAAUGAGGCGAAUCGUAGUGCGGUGAGAUCGUGCGAUGGAUCGGAUGAGAAUUUGGUAUCGCGUUCUUCGUCAGGAGAAGGGAAAGGGAAGAAAUUGUGGAAGAAGGUGAAAUAUCAGCUGGUGGAGUACCAUGCGCUGCCUGGAUAUUUGAAGGAUAAUGAGUAUAUCCUUGCUCAUUACAGAGCUGAAUGGCCUCUGAAGCAGGCCUUGCUCAGCGUGUUCUCCAUUCACAAUGAGACCCUCAACGUUUGGACGCAUUUGAUUGGCUUCUUCCUUUUCCUCUCUCUAACCAUUUACACUGCUAUGAAGGUUCCGAAUGUUGUUGACCUGAAUUUGCCAAGUGCACUUAGGAAUGCCGAUUUUCAGAAAUUGCAUGCAGAACUUAUUACUUGUCUCCCAUCCUUGCCACAUAUGCCCGAUCUUCAGAGACUUCGCGAGGAGCUGAAAACUGCAUUGCCUUCAAUGAACUUGUCACCAUACUUGUCUAAUUGGCACAUUGUGGAACUCCUCUCUAACUGCUUACCAGAGAAUCUGACUCACAGCAACCACACUGAUACUUGUGUUCUGCAUCAUAUGAAAGAGGAUGUGGCGAACAUAAUAGCUCCAUUGUUGGUGAGGCCAAUCACCCGUUGGCCAUUCUUUGCUUUCUUGGGCGGGGCUAUGUUUUGCUUGUUAGCCAGCAGCACAUGCCACUUACUCUCCUGUCACUCUGAACGCGUCGCAUACAUAAUGCUCCGGCUCGACUAUGCAGGGAUUGCUGCUCUCAUCUCGACAUCCUUCUACCCGCCCGUAUACUACUCCUUCAUGUGCUAUCCUUUCUUCUGCAAUCUAUACCUGGGGUUCAUUACUCUACUGGGAAUUGGCACAAUCCUGGCAUCUCUUCUGCCAGUGUUCCAAAGCCCCGAGUACCGCACCUUCCGAGCAUCCCUCUUCUUUGGGAUGGGUUUCUCCGGUGCAGCCCCCAUCUUACACAAGCUAAUCUUGUUCUGGCACCAGCCGGAGGCGCUCCACACUACAGGAUAUGAAGUUUUGAUGGGACUGUUUUACGGCAUAGGAGCACUGGUAUAUGCAAUGAGAAUCCCAGAGAGAUGGAUGCCGGGGAAAUUCGACAUUGCCGGCCACAGCCACCAGCUCUUCCACGUUCUUGUUGUAGCCGGAGCUUAUACGCAUUAUCGUGCAGGACUUGUGUAUCUCAGGUGGAGAGACCUGCAAGGAUGCUGAGGAAAUUAAGCUCCAAUUGUUAGAGUAAGUUUAGGUGGUAAAUAUGUCAAUUCAGUGGUAAAGCUGAUGUUGUGAAGAAAAUAAUUGGAGCAAAAUGCUUGAACGCCAUGUCGUGUUAAUGUUGUUUUAGUUAAGUCUAAUAUAUUUAAAAUCUUAUA